UGACUUCUUACAGUAUACCACUCGGAUAAACAAGCUGAGGACUUGUGGGCACGAGAUCAGUUUGACGAACAUGGCUUCAGAGAGCCUGGCCGUUAUGCGGCUGCAGCAUAGGUACGCAAUCAGUCCCAUAACCGCCCUCGCCUUCUACGAGCUCAGGCCCGAGCGAGUGCUUCUCCUCGCUGGCGAAGACACCUGGCUCAAGGUCUACGACGUCGAGACAUCUCAGCUCCUCGGCCAACUCAAUAUCUUUUCAUCACAGCCCAUUCACGGCAUCCACAUUUCCCAGCCCAAGGCCCACCCCUCAAGGUCAAGCGGAAUCCUCAUCUGGGGCGGCCACUCCGUCGCCCUCCUCCCACAUUCCUCCCUCACCUCCCUCAUCGCCGGCCAACCUACCCCUCAACCCACAGAAUCUAGAACGCCCGACUGGAUCUACGACGGCAUUCUCUUCCCCUCGGACUCAGACUCAAACCCAUCUCUACUCUCCAAUCCAACCGGCGCCCUGGUAACAGCCCGCAACGAGAUCCUCCCCUUCUCCUUCCCUCCCAAGGCUGCCCCAAAAGAGCAUCAUCACCUACUCUUCGGCCCCCUGACCUCCCCGUCCCGCCCGAUUCUUUACUCCGCCAACCUCGCUCUCCUGACACCCGACACAGUGCUCGUGGCCGGGGGCACCGUGUUCGGCGAGAUCAUUGUGUGGAAGUACCACGUCGAUGGCUUCACCAAACCCGGUUUCGGCACCGGCAGCGCGGCUGCCAGGGAAGGAUGCCAAUGGGAAUUGCUGUACGUCUUUACGGGACACGAGGGUUCCAUCUUUGGGGUGAGUAUCUCGCCUGAGGUGGAGGGGAUCGGUGGGCGGCGUGGGGUAGGGGGCAGGUUGUUGGUUAGCUGUAGUGAUGAUCGGACUGUGAGGGUGUGGGAUAUUACCGAGUGGGAGGGGAAACUGGCGGCGGAUGGGAGCGAGAGCAUGGUUAAGGUGGAUCUGGACGAGGCCAGGGAGACGGGGUUUGGGGGCAGUGGGAGUGAGAACUCGGAGACCAGGAGGGCGAAUCGGGAGGAUGGGGCGCGGUGCGUAGCUGUUGCUAUGGGACAUGUGUCGAGAAUUUGGCAUGUCAAGUUCGGGAGGUGGAUGAGGGCUUUGGGGAAGGUGGAGGUGCUCUCCUUUGGGGAGGACUGUUCAAGGCAGAGAUGGGAGCUGGAUGUGGACUUGGAGUGGUGGUGUGGAGGGAGGUCAUUGUCUGAAAGGAGGGCCGGGAGUCUGAGGCAUCGCGGUGCGAGUACCUGCCACAGCGGUAAGAACAUCUGGUCUGUUGCUGUGCUGGACAGGGGGGACAGUGAACCAUUGGUAGCGACUGGAGGAGCAGAUGGCAAGAUUGUCAUCUCGGGCAGACACAGCGGCAGCUCGGGUGCCGACUACUACCAAGACUUGGACCUCACCCUGUCCUUGAAUGAGGUCUUGCGAAGUGUACCGCAACCCGCCCGUGCGCCCGAAACCAAGGACACAAAACAUGCCUUUCAGCGCUACGCUUUCCUGUCGGACACGGUCAUGGCAACCACAGCAUCUGGCAGACUCUUCCUGGCAACCAUGGGAGAUACUCUCUCCUGGCAGGAAGCCGCCCUCCCUGAAGCCAUUAUUGCCGAUCUCAAGCCGUACAACGUGGUCAAGAGCCCGGCGAGGGACACGGUCUUGUUGGGGAGCGCAAGUGGAAAGGUCUACCUUGUCCGGAAAGAUGAGGUCCGCGCAAUAGCCACCCUUCCCGCGAAGGUAUCCGACAUUAUCCUGCUCGAUAACGCUCCGAGCCAUGCUCUUACUGAGCAACCAUGGUCUGUCAUCAUCAACGUCCUCGGCCUAGACCACGCCCUGCUCCUCCAAUUCGACCCCUCCACCAACACAUGUACUAUCGAUUCCCGCAAGAUUAGACUCCCGGAACACUGCAUCCUCACGGCAGCGGCUCUCUACGACGGCACACUCAUCCUUGGCUCCCGAACUGGUUCCCUAACGGCCUGCACAGUUGAUGCCAAAACAGGCGACUUGGUUCCUGCCGUUUCCCGCAAGGACUGUAAGACGAGAGACGCCAUUACCUGCAUCGUACCCAUCCCAGUUGCCGCCAGCCAGUUCUCGUUCCUCGCCACCUGCCGCGACGGCAAAUACCGCAUCUAUACGCUCUCUCUCACCGCGUCCGUGAGCUUCACCCUGCAGCACGAAAUCUCGCCGCCGCUCAAUACACUCGAAGGAGCCUUUUUCACGACUCCCUCCCCAGCCCCAACAAGUACCACACCGCACAAGAAGAGCGAACUGAUUCUCCAAGGCUUCCACGGCCCCAACUUCCUCACCUACAACGACUCGACCCGCUCAAUCCUGUCUUCCAUCCCCUGCGGCGGCGCCCACCGUCCCUUUGCCACCCUCUGCUCUCUCAGUAACCCCGGCCGAAUGCGCUUCGUCUUCUCCAAAGCAGGCGACUUGCGGGUUGUUUCACAAUCCGCGGAAGGCGAGAAAGUGUUGCGAUCCGGCGGUCACGGGAGGGAGAUCAAGAGCGUAGCGUCGUCCUACUUUUGCACUUCCACGCCACCUUAUCGUCUCCCUAUUACAUCGCCCGAGGCGGAUAUCGGUUUCUCUACCCCUUCAACAGCAGACGAGGGAGAGAUCCUGGUAGCCACCGCUGCAGAGGACACGACCAUCCGAAUCUGGCGGCACCCUUACCGCCCUGAGGAUACCGCCUCCGCAGCCAACCAGAACACUAGCCUGACCACCAAAAUGGACUGCCUUGCCAUAGUUCAAGGCCACUCGGCAGGUAUCCAAACCCUGCGCUUCUUCUCGCCCGCUCCGCGCCCGCCCAACCCCGGCAACCUGAACUCCAACAGCAGCAGCACGAGACCUGCCUACCUCCUCAGCAGCGCCGGCAGCGAAGAGCUCUUCCUCUGGCGCAUCUCACGCAUCGACUCGCCCGUCUAUGACGCCCUGGCCGUGGUGCGGGAAGCGGUCUGGGACGACCAGUCACCUGACAGGGAUCUGAGGAUUGUAGACUUUGAUGUUGCUGCUUGGUCUCGUUGUCAAAGUCCGAGUCCACGUCGAGAGCAAGAUCGAGAUCAAGAUGUCGCUUCGGACAGUGAGAAGAACUAUGAUAGGAAUGAUGAUGGAAAUGAAGAGGGAAUGGUGAUAACCAUGGUCCUCUCGGAUUCAAACGUGCGCAGCUAUAUCUACUCCCCAGACACCACGAAGAGCAGCGCGAACCAGGCGCAUGAUUCCGGCUCUGCUUCGCGGGGAAGGGUAUUCAAGCUCCUAGCCACGGGCCGAUACACAGGCGCCUGCCCGACACAAGCCCGCCAUCUCACGACCGAUGCCGCGUCAGGGACGGUGGACGUGCUGACGGCGUUUACCGACGGGCACGUGGCAGUGUGGCGGAGCCGUGACGACGGAAGGCAAGAACCAGGUGAGUUCCGGCUGGCGCUGGUGGUGCGGCUGCAUCAGAGCAGCAUCAAGAGUCUUUACCUGUCCUUCCCCUCCCCCUCCCCGUCCUCCGGAGCUAAGGGAUCGGGCGGGAGGUGGUUUGUCGCGACAGGCGGCGAUGACAACGCGCUGGGGUUCCUGGACCUCAUCUGGGACGAGUCAAAGGAGGAGUAUGUCGUCUUGGGCCGGUACCGAGUCCGGGAAGCGCACGCGGCUGCCAUCACCGGGCUGAGCGUGGUGAGGGGGGAAGAGUCUGGCGUCACAGAAGUUGCCACGGUGAGCAACGAUCAGCGGGUCAAGCUCUGGCGGGUUGAGCGAAGUGUCGGGGGCGGGAUCCGGGUUGCUUUGGUGGAUAAUCGAUACAGCUCGGUGGCUGACGCGGGGGAUUUGGAGCUCAUUGCCCCUGGCAAGCUGAUGGUUGGCGGAGUUGGGAUGGAGCUUUGGGAUGUAUCAAGAAGUUAACUAGAUGGCAAAUAGGGAGAAGGCUGGAGAAGACUAGAGGCAGCAAAUGAAUCGG